UAGUUUUCUGGCGUUGGCGCCGUUGCGCAGCUGCAGAUGGCACCGCGUCGCUGUACUACUCUUCACGAAGAGAGCCGUGUCGGCGGGUCCGUACCUGAUACACUCACCCUGCUUUUGGCUACCCGCGCCGCUCACCCCACAAACCAUACAACAUGGUCAUUUUCGCGAUAGUCGUAGAUCGGUCUCCGCUCAACAACCAUCAUAGCGCAUGUCUACGACGAUGAAUCAAGUCAUCAUAUCAGACUUGAAUCGGACGCCCAUCGUUCAGAUCCUCACUUGGUUCACUCUUGUUACCAGUCUGUUGGCAUUCUUCACGCACGCCGGCAUUAAGUUCUAUGUGUUCCGGAGCCUCACGAUCGAGUCAUGGCUCGUUCUUGCUGCCUUGGUAUUCUGCGUCGCACAGUCGAUCGCAGUGUCACUGCAAGCUCACUAUGGCUUUGGCACACCGAUUGCGACCUUGGACGGAUAUCAGAUUGAGUCGAACCUCAAAUGUGAAUACGCUGCGAUGAUUCUCUUCAUCGUCUCCCUUGGCUUCUCGAAGCUUGCUGUCGUAGCUUUCGUUCACCAAUUGACGCCCUCCGAACUCCAUCGUAGAAUCAACUUUGGCGUCCUGGUUGUGAUAAUUCUGUGGCUGGUGUGUUCCGUGUUAGUCGCAGCGUUCGAAUGCCGGCUACCACGGCCGUGGGACAGGACAUUGGAUCGAUGCAUCGACCGUUUGACCUGGUGGAAUAUCGUUUCCUGUUUCAACAUCGUAACAGAGAUCGCGAUCGUGGCACUGGAACUGGUCAUAACAGCACAACUUCAAAUACGACGACAACGGAAGGCGGCGGUCAUGACUUUAUUCUCAUGUCGACUGCUCGUUCUCGUUGCUGCUGCGAUCCAGCUUGGCUUCUUCAACCGCGAAAGCACCGAUGCUGCUCUGAAGGACGAUCUGACACUCGGUUAUUGGCGAUCAACCAUCUGCAACCAGAUUGUACAAUGUAUUGCCAUUGUGACAACAUGCCUUCCAUACACCAAACUGUUUAUGGAGGGUUUCGAAUCGGGGCUGAUGCGUUUGGACGACUUACGUCGUCGAGGGGAGCAUACCUCUAAAGACGACAGCAAAGGGUACCAGCUCAUGGACAUAUCACGAUCAGGGCGCUCAGAGCAUUCUACCCGUUCUCAAGGCGGGCCCGAUAGAAGCAUCAAGGUAUCGAAGAGUUGGGCAGUGCAAGUAGACCCCGUAGCCCACAUGCCGGCUACAACAAUACCGCAGUGAAAACCAUAGCACUACAGUGCGAGUAUAUCCAUAGUAGACGAGCUUUCAAAAUGUACGUACCAACACAUGCAAAAAUUUGGCGUUCAUUGCGGCGAGCGCACCCCUGCUGCACCCUCGUUUCGCCUUGCAUGUGGCACGGCACGUAUGCCGCAGCAUAUGCGCCUAGUUUUCUUUGAGUAGGUGGUCCGGACCGGGACACGGUGGUGUGAUUUUAUUGGUUUGCGGGAUA